AUGUCUCCAUGCGAGCUUCCCUGCGUCAUGAAGCUGCUAUGUGCUGUGACCGACUUUGUCUUCUGCACGAACACCUUGAUGUUCGUGCAGAAGACAAAGUCGGCCAGGGCACAUCAAAAGGUUGUGGUUGUUGACGACGUAGUGGCAACGACAGCUUCUGCCAACCCGUCAAUGAAAGGGCUGACGAACUCCAUGGAGAACAUGACGUGGCACUUCUCGGCGAGCGAAAUGCGGCAAGACCAGAAAGAGGCCUUCCAAGAGAUUGAUCGCAAGUGGGUCAAAGAGCAGCUCGAGCGGACCACGCCAGCGGCACAGCUGUCAGCGGCCAUGGCUAGUGAGAGCCCGACGACAGAGGAGAUGCAGCAACUGCCUCUGGACAUGCAGCGUGUUCGCGAGUUCAUGGUCGAGACGGGCAACGCGGUUGACGCGGAGCUGCGCGCUGAUCAAGCCAAAGAGACCAAGAGAAGGAACUACAUCGAGCUCACGAGCGCUCGUCGCUGUGUCGAUUGCAGGGCAGAUCGGAAAAGGGCGUCAGCACCUGGUGUGCGCGGCAUGUCGAGCGAAGAACGUAGCGGACAGAAGGGAAGUGGUGAGCUCGCAAGCGCCCGGCAUGUGCUACGUGUGCUGCAAGGAACCCUGCGCGGUCAAGCCGAACGGGAAGGCCUGUAUGCCUGCUGUAAGGAGUGCCACAAGAAAAAAAUGGACUGUCAGCGGAAGCACGCAGCCGAGCGUGUCGCCAAGAGCUUGAGCGCAGGUCGUCGGUGUCGGGCAGAACUGCAAAAGAAACAUGUAACCUUCGAGGGUGGAUGGUCAAGUGCAGUUCGUCCCGAUGUUGCGUUGAACGGCACGCUGGCGCUAGCUGGAGAGUGUUAUACUAACUCGCGGCAGCGACACCUCCGCUUCAUGCAGAACCGGAAGCUCAUUACGAAAUUUUCGUUCAAGUCUGCGUGCAUUCACGCACUUCCGCUUUCGCCGCCUUCCCCGCAAGCCAACAUGCAGUCCAGCCGUGCUCCACACCAAGGCCUACAAGCCCCACCCCAGCUCAGCCAAGCUCAAGAGCAAGAGCUAUGCCGCCAGCGUGACGCGGAGCCCGAGUGGAGCCUGAUCAGGCUGACGGGGUGGGCUCUUUUCGAGUUCGAUGUCGACAUCGACACCGCCUUCGUCAACGCCGUCGUGGAGCGACACGCUGAGGCUCAGCGGGCGGCCAGGGCUGCGCGUGACAUCGAGGAGGAGGAGAUGGAGAGUUUCAAGCACGCGCUCAAGGCGGAGAUCGCGGCCGACUUCGAGCAGCUCAGGAUCCGACUCGAGUGCUUGGACUGCGGUGUGAAGGACGACCUGACGGAGGAAAUGCUCGAGGCUGUGAAGGACACGGAGGAGCGCCUGACUACCAGGUUCAAGACGGAGUUGGACGCAUUCUUAUACACCUUUGACGGGUACGUGCACGAGCGCUGCAGCAAGUUGGAGGCCAAGGUCGACGCGAACGCGGCUGAGCUGGAGAAGAUGAAGAAGUAUCUGGACCAGGUCCACGCCGCGCUGGUUGGCGCUCAAGGAUCGCUCAAUAACGUCAUGGAAACCGUGAUGGCCAACGCAACGACCGGGAGGUCCCGGAACGAGACGGUGACCGACAAACCAUCCUCGCUACCACCGGCUCAAGCGGUGCCUGUGGAGUCGCAGGACCGCCGCGCCAACGCGAACCACCGGCGACAACGACACCCUCCGCAGCAGCGCAGACACCCCCGCACCAGCAGCAAUACCCCCCAGCAGUGA